AUAGAGACAGAAUCUCAGCCUUCUGUUCCUUGGUGGGCUGACGACUCCUUUUUGCCGAAUCCAACCCAUGAGUUCUCUCUUUCGUUUCGCGGUUGCUUCUCAUUCUCGUUAAUUUAUUUCCACGAGUUWGCAAGGGGAGUUCAUAUUAUAUAUAUGAGAAAUUAAGAAUAAGAAGAAAUACCGCUUGGUUCUGGAGUUUUGGUGAAAUUCAGAUAGGAAAGUUUUGGAGCGGGAGCAAUGGCGUCCAUCAACCUCUCCUCCUACCCAAGAAUUGCUCUGUUCUCUUCACAGGGACGCAAAAACACGAACUGGUAUGGAUUGCAUACCAUGAAUCCCUUCAGUUCAAAUUUGGUCUACCGAAGCAGAAAAUCAUGCUUCAGUGUCAAGGGUGACGGUAAAGCUAGGGCAACAUUAAUAUCUGGAGAAGAUGAUCUCCUAUCUUAUUACAAAGGCGAUUCAGUUGCAGGACAAAGUUCUCUUAUUUAUAGAAAGACAAGUGUUGAAAUGCAACCUGAUACAGUAGCAUUUGGCAUACUUGCAGCAGAUGCUGUACCAGCUACUGAUGAAUUUUUUGUUGAUAAGGAUGAACAUGAUUUGGACCAUCUUACAGAAGGGUUUUCCUCUAUACAAGAGGCCAUUGAAGACAUCCGUCAAGGCAAGUUAGUCAUUGUUGUAGAUGAUGAAGACAGAGAAAACGAGGGAGAUCUUAUAAUGGCGGCAUCACUGGUAACACCUGCAGCAGUGGCUUUUAUUGUAAAGCAUGGUACUGGAAUCGUAUGUGUAAGCAUGAAAGGAGAAGACCUAGAGAGAUUAGAACUUCCUUUGAUGGUAACCAAUAAGGAGAAUGAUGAGAAACUUCGUACAGCAUUCACAGUUUCAGUGGAUGCGAAAUACGGUACAACUACUGGGGUGUCAGCUCAUGACAGAGCAACAACAAUAUUGGCUCUGGCAUCUAAAGAUUCAAAAUCUGAGGAUUUCAACCGCCCAGGUCAUAUCUUUCCAUUGAAGUAUAGGGAGGGGGGUGUUCUGAAAAGAGCUGGACAUACUGAAGCUUCUGUUGAUCUUGCCGUAUUGGCUGGGUUAGAACCUGUUGCAGUUUUGUGUGAGAUUGUAGAUGAUGAUGGUUCCAUGGCUCGGUUACCUAAGCUACGACAAUUUGCAGAGAAAGAGAACUUGAAAAUCAUAUCCAUUGCUGAUUUAAUCAGAUACAGGAGGAAGAGAGAUAAGUUGGUAGAGCGGGCUUCUGCUGCACCAUUACCCCUAGCAUGGGGAGCAUUCAUGGCCUACUGUUACAAGUCAUUGCUGGAUGGAAUUGAGCAUAUUGCCAUGGUUAAGGGUGAAAUUGGGGAUGGUCAAGAUAUUCUUGUUAGGGUGCACUCUGAAUGCCUCACUGGAGAUAUAUUUGGUUCAGCCAGAUGUGACUGUGGGAAUCAACUGGCACUAGCAAUGCAGCAGAUUGAGGCAGCUGGUAGGGGUGUAUUAGUGUACCUUCGUGGACAUGAGGGAAGGGGCAUUGGUUUGGGCCACAAGCUUCGUGCAUACAACCUACAGGAUGAUGGACGUGACACUGUAGAAGCUAAUGAAGAGCUGGGGUUGCCUGUUGAUUCACGAGAGUAUGGUAUUGGUGCACAGAUAUUGCGAGAUCUGGGUGUUCGUACCAUGAAACUGAUGACAAACAAUCCUACAAAAUAUAGUGGACUCAAAGGCUAUGGAUUGGCAGUAGUAGGCAGGGUCCCAUUGUUGACUCCAAUAACAAGAGAAAACAAGAGGUAUUUGGAGACUAAACGUUUGAAAAUGGGGCAUAUUUACAACCAUGAGUUCAAUGAUCACCUAAAUGGACAUAUAGGUGGAAAUGGAAAACCAGUCACCAGUGAUACAUCAAAGGAUAUAGCUGACACGUAAAUGUUGUCACUGAAGGGGGCAUAAUGCUUGUGAAUUUGGUGAUCAUCUCAAUUUGAAUGGACAAUUCACUGACCAACAUCCCAUGGUUGCUUUCUCGGAUGUGUGACCGAAGAGAAUGCUGUUAGUGGCAGAUAGAGGUGCAGAUUUAAAGCAUGACUUAGAAUUUCAUAUUAUCAUUGUUCCACUCUCCAGACGAAACUCACUUGGCUGGUGUCCUAUGGAGCAGAAGUUUGGACUGGGAUAUCAGUUAUUCUUUUGGAACUUGUAAGUGUAAAUCAUAUGGACUUUUAUUUUUGGAAUUCUGAUCCAUGUAAUAGUAUUCACUAUUAGGCACAACUCUUGGAGAGGAAGCAACAGUCUGAUAAAACAUCACAUCCACAUUCUUUCAGUGGAAUCCAUACCUUGUGGACGAACGUAAAGAAAGAAAUUUUUUGUUAAACUUUUACAUGAAUAAAGGGCAAGGGAACUGAUUGUGAUUUAUUGCUUA